GCCCAGAACUCCGGCCAAGAUGGCAGCUGUACACCGAGCAGUGUUCCCGGGGAGAAGACUCGAAACUGGAGAGAACUAACCUGCAGCUUCUUUUUCCAAGAGAAAUGGAAGGUAUGAAAACCGAAGUAUUUCUCUGAUUCCAGUUCUGCUGUGUUCGCAGCUGCAAGACCCAGCAGAAGAUUUUACAUUUUGUAACGAUGAAAUUGUUUCAGAGGGUAUGCAGAAGGUUGUAUUUACAAACCAGAAAUAACACAUCAAAAUCUGCCAGUCACUUAAUCCAACAGGAUCUGAACAUCAUUGGCCUCUGAAUGUCGAAGGAGAAAUGAUGUCUGUGAGAGAAGAAUUUAAUCAUCAAUGUGACUGCAAAAGCACCGAGACACAGACACACGUGAGUGAGAGUGUUCCAGUGAAAUGAUUGUGGAAAGAGCAUUAACUAGCCUGAAAAAUAAUUACACCAUCCACAACGGGGAGAGACGAUCAAUGUGCUCUGCCUGUGGACAUCAAUUUCAGUCAAUCGUUGAACCUGGAAAGACUCAAGGACACUGACACCAUGGAGAAACCAUGGAAAUGUGGGGUAUGUGGGAAGGGAUUCAGUUAUCCAUCAGGGUUGGAAACCCAUCAACGCAGUCACACUGGGGAGAGGCCUUUCAGUUGCUCUGUGUGUGGGAAGGGAUUCACUCAGUCAUCCAGCCUCUACACACACCAGCAUGUUCACACUGGGGAGAAGCCAUUCACCUGCUCCAUGUGUGGGCAGGGAUUUAAUGCUUUAUCAACCCUCCGGACUCACGAGCAGGUUCAUUCUGAUGAGAGACCAUUUAAAUGUUCUGACUGUGAGAAGAGUUUUAAAAGCAGAAAAGAUAUAUUGAUACAUCAACGUAGUCACACUGGGGAGAGACCAUUCACCUGCAAAGUGUGUGGGAAAGGAUUCACUCAGUCAUCCCACCUCCUGACACACAAACUUGUUCACACAGAUGAGAGACCCUUUAAAUGUACGGACUGUUUGAAGAGUUUUAAAAGUAAAAAAGAUUUGCUGAACCACCAACGUGCUCUGACGGGGGAGAAACCAUUCAUCUGCUCUGUGUGUGGGAAGGGAUUCACUAGUUCAUCCUACCUUCUGACACAUCAAUUUGUUCACACUGAUGAGAGACCUUUUGGAUGCCCUGACUGUGAGAAGAAAUUUAAAAGCAGAAAGCAUCUUCUUAAACACCAGUACAUUCACACAGGGGAGAGGCCGUUCCCCUGCUCUGUCUGUGGGAAAGGAUUCACUCGAUUAUCCCACCUGCUGAGACACCAUCGAGUUCACACUGGGGAGAGGCCAUUCUCCUGUGCUGACUGCAAACAAGAAUUUGUUGAUUCAUCCGACCUUCUGAUUCACCAGCGAGUUCACACUGGGGAGAGACCAUACACCUGCUCCCUGUGUGGCAAGAGAUUCACGCAAUCAUCUCACCUCACUACACAUCAACUUGUUCACACUGAUGAGAGACCUUUUCAAUGUUCCGACUGUGAGAAGAGGUUCAAAAGUAAACAGAAUUUGCUGAAACAUCAACAAAUUCAUGCUGGGGAGGGACCGUACAUCUGCUCCAUGUGUGGGAAAGAAUUCGCUCAGUCACACAACCUCCUGAGACACCAGCAGCUUCACCUACGAGAGCAGCAAUUGGAUUCUGCUGUUAACUGCACCCAGGACUGAACCUUGUCUGGCUGCCCGUUUCCAGUGGGUUCCACAGUUUUGUGGUGUAUAUAUCAAGGAUUUCGACUUCAAUUUAGGGGCUAUGGUGAAGAAGUUUGUAGAUAUCACAGAAGUUGGCCAUGUGGUGGACAAUGAGGAAGAAAGCUGCGACUGCAUGAUGACAAUGGACUACUCAAAUGGACGGUAACAUGGCCAAUAGAAUUCAUUCUGGAGAUAAUAAACUUGGGAGGGUGGGGGCAAACGGGGCAAGAAAAUGCACAAUAAUUGGUUGGAUACUGGGAAUUGUACAGAAACAGCAAGACCUCAGAGUGACGCCCACAGAUCCCUGAAGGUGGCUGGGCAGGUUGAUAAGGAGACAGAGAUAGUAGGAACUGCAGAUGCUGGAGAAUCCGAGACAACAAGGUGCAGAGCUGCAUUUGGUUGAUCCUAGAAAAUGUCAGUCAGGAGAUUAUGCUGGAACUUUAAAAAACACUAGUUAGAGCAUAGCUGGUGUACUGAGGGCAGUUCUGUUUGACAUGUUAAUCAACAAGAAAGUGAAACUUGAUUAAUUAUCGUAAUACUCGAGUGAGUUUGAUAUUUAUAUAAUUAAAGUUAGUGUUAAAUUCAUCAAAUGUUGCUGAUCAAGAUAAAGCUAACAUAAAAGGGUUUGUAGCAACGGAGACUUGUGAAUUUUUUUAGCAAUUCAAAAUCUGUCAUGUUUAGAUAAUAUGGAUGUAAGAAAAAAUAUUUUGGUGAACUCCCUAAAAAGUAAGAUAACUUGCAGAAUGGAAGAAAUUGAUUAGUGAGUAGCUGAUGAAUCUUUAUUUAUUUUAAUCUGAAGUUUAUUUUGGUUUAGUUAAGAAAUAAACACAUAUCCCAGUACCACAUACACUUCCAUGUGGGGAAACCAGGACACUACUUGUGUCUGGGACAACCAUAAGAACAGGGAGGCAACUCUGUAUAACUGUUGGGAACACUAAAUUGACCGCAGCUAAAGUACUGCACUAGUUCAGGACCCCAUAUUCUAGAAUAGAUGUGAUUACACCAGAGAGGGCACAGAGGAGAUUGAUGAGAAUGUUUCCGGGAUUGGAGAAUUUUAGAUCUGAGGAAAGAUUGGAUAGGCUGGGGUUGUUUUCUGUGGAACAGAGGAGACUGAGGUGAGAUUUAAUUGAAGUGAUAUGAUAAUGAGGAGUCCAAAUAGAGUGGUUAGGAAUAAGCUAUUCAUUAACAGAGAGGUCAGUAACUGGAGGUUUCCGGUUUAAAGUCAUUCACAGCAAGAGAGGAAGGAGAGAAAUUAUUUAAUCCAGAGAUAGUGGGGAGCUGGAAGGCUCUCUGAUCGGUGGUAGAGGCAAAAACCCACAUCACAUUAAAAUGAAACAAGAUGGAUACACUUGAAAUCCGAGAACACAGGGCUAUGGUCUAAGAUCAGCAGAAUGGGAUCAGCUGGGAUAGUUCUCCUUCCGUCAACAAAAGCACUAUAGUCCAAGUGGCCUCCAUCUGUGCUGUAACUUGCCGAUUUGUUUAUUCUGACAAUUAGAAUUUGUUUCUGAUGAUGUUAAUGACUUCACAAAUUGGACCGGAGUUGAAUAUUCUGGAGAAAUGUCAAAUAAAUCAUCUUUGGUUCAAAUA